AACAGCAGUCCCUGAUAGCGGUCACCUUCAACCACCACAACCAGCUAAUUGUUAGACAAACAAGUUAGUUUCCGUUGUGGCCGAACUACACUUAUAACGCCUAGUUAUCGUUUGUAUCGUUUGUGUCGUUUGUGCCAUCAAGGGAGCGUGUGCUGUCGUAAAUCCUGAACGCUAGCGUUUUAUUCACAGACAUACAUAUGUACAUAUACGUGCAUGUCUGUGGGUUUAUGUGCAAGAAAUGCUUCUCUGUAAGCCAAAAUUAAGAACACGUGUGCCGCUUUAUUUUACAUUGAACGCGUUGUCAAAAUUCCUUUUAGGAAAGCUAAAAUAAAACCCGGAUUUUAUCGUCUGGGAGAAAGUGUACAUAAUUAUUUUAGCUAUUUAGCCACGUCCACUUUAAUUCAUCGUAGCGCCCUCUGUCGCGCUUCUGACUGAACUGCAGUCGAUUUCUGUACAGGAAGUGACGCCACUAAAAGCAGCUAACUUUUUGCUGGAGACGGUUUGUCCAGCUGGCGGGAAGCAGAUAAACCAUAGCGUUUGAUUUCAGGAUGAAAUGCGAGCAGCUACGAUGGAUCCAGCGGAAGAGCCUCCGUCGCUGCUGUGGGGACUGGACUCGGUAUUUUCCGCCUUCGCUCGGCUGUAUAUCAGAGAUAUCCUGGAGAUGACAGAGUCCACGCAGGUACCAGGGAUUUACUUCUACAACCUGCACCCCAUCUCCAAAGUUGAUGUGCUGGGAACUGUGGUCUACAAGAGGGAGCGAGAGGACUUCUUCUGCUAUGGAGUGGAUGAUGGGACGGGGGUUAUAAACUGCCUGUGCUGGAAAGGUGACCUCCUGAAAGAAGAGCGGGAGCCCAGUGACUCAGGGGGGCAGCUCGGUGCUGCAGCUCGGGGAGGCUUCGACCCGAUCGCGGAGCUGAAGAAGCUGAGACGAGCCCAGCGGACGCGCUGCCGCCUGGAGAUCGGAGAGCUGCUCCGAGUCAGAGGACCGGUGAAGACGUCGAGGCAGCAGAGGGAAAUCAAAGCCUCCACCUACUAUAAAGUGAACGACCCGGUGAUGGCGGUGCAGAUAGCCUGGAUGAUGGAGGUUCCUCAGCUCUACAGACGGUGUUAUGACAAACCGCCUCAGCUGGAGCUCAACGCAGCGGGAGACUCAGCCGUCACUUUGCUCAGCAAGGCAACAAAUACCCUGAAGAAUUUUUUUAAGCAGAAAUCGGUGAACAGGUUCAGACCCUAUGACGUCCAGGACCUCCUGCAGCCUCUGAUCUCCAGCCAGCCUGCAGCACCUGCAGACCAGGAGCCUGUCGCGGGUCCGUCUGCGUGCCGCCGGCUCCGCCAGCUCCUGAAGGAGGCGCUGCAGGUCCUCCAGGAUGAGGGUGUUGUGUACCGCAAGGUCAAGUCCCAAGAUGAAGUCUAUCUGGUGACGGCGCAGGACGCCGAGCUUCUCACGGCCGUCAGAGACGUCAUCAGGGAGGACUCGAAGAGAGAGAAGUAUGCAGAGAGGGGCUGCCACAUCCUGCACAUCCUGUCUGCAGUGAGGCAGCGUUACAGCCUCAAUGUGAGCAGAGCCGCUCUGGAGCUCGUCCUCAAGUCGCUGGAGUGCAACAGUGACAUCAUCAGCACCAGCGACAGCCACUACACUGCAUUUUAACGCCGCCGAGGAGCUGCAGCAGCUCCCAAAUAGCGGCGCUGUGCAUAAAUCGUGCCGUCUGCACUCCUGCUGAUUAAACUGAGUGUACAAAUGUUAAAUAUGAAGUUAUAAAUGAACCUCCGCUGUUGUAAAUGUACGGUCAAAAUAAAGGCGGGACUCGUGCAUAACCGGAUCAGCCUGCAGGAGGCUCCCGGGGGCAGAUAAAGUCUCCCGGGUUCCCAUUAAGCACGUUUCCUCUCAGCCUGUCUGCACUGUGCUGCUCUGCUCAACAAAAUCAUCAGAUACGCUGCCAAGAAGAAGUACACAACAUCUCCCCCGUGGCCGCCUCCUCAUAAUGUCAGUCCAUUACCUCCUUAUCAGCCGGGCUCCCCCCCACAAGCUUCAUUAGUCAGAAUCAUCCAUAGAAGAUAAACAUGGACUUUAAAAUUGUUAUCACUUAAAGGCGGUUAUGAGCGUGAUAACGAUGACUCACCUCUGCUGUUCUGUGUUUCUGAUCAUGGAGAAACUUCAACUCCUUGAAUGUGAAAAAUGGCCAAAGGGACAUAUUUCAGACAUGAAUGGUCCUUUAUCCUUAUUAUUUAUGCCACAGCUGUCCAUCACUGAGCUGUAAUAACUCAUCUGUAUCUGUGGACCCAGCAGUAAAAUCA